UCUCCCAGGGCCCCGCUGUAAGACAGGCAGGAGUGGCCUGCGGGGCGUGCAGAGGUCAGCAGCAAGGAAAGCCUGUGGAACACGGAUCUGGUUUUCCAGCGGAAACCCUGGACCCCUGAGCUCCAAGAAGCCCCCGCGGACCCGAGAAUUAGCAGGCAAGUCUGGGGGUAGCUGCGUUCUUCCCAAGCAUCCUGUGUCAUCAGAAACUCACUCGCACAGGGGAGGAGCCAGGUGCCUUCCUGUGGCAAGAUUCACAGGACCAUCCUGGAAGGAUCCUCUUGAACAAAGGUGCUUCCCUGGGCUUCCAGAAUCACCAUGGAGGAGGAUGCUGGAGAGGAACCAGGGCUCGGCAGGUGCACGGCUCCCACAGACUUCCACUUCUAUCACAUGGAUCUGUACGACUCUGACAGCAGGCUGCAGGUCCUCCCGGAAGAAAGCACUGGAGUGAGGAGAGAGGCAGUCCAGGCUGAAAGGACCUACGAGCCAAGAGGGGCGAGGGAGGGGCAGGCCCACAGAGCCCUUCACGAGGAAGCGGACGAACUCGUCCAUCUGUAUGGACUUGAAGAUGAUCACGAGUUAGGGGACGAGAUUAUGGAUGAAGACACGCCCAGACUGGGGACCGCAGAAUAUCCUCCUUAUGGGGUGAAGAGGGGCGACCCGGCCUGGGAGCAGCGGGACUGGAGACUCGGCGGAGAGGCAGCCGAGGCCGAGGACCUGGGCUUCGGAGGGUGGGGCUCCAGGGGCCAGUGCCAAGACUUGCGGGAGGCCUAUCGGUACACUCACGGCCGUGCCAGUGAGGAGUACGAAUGCUACGUCAUCCCAGAGGAGGAGGAUGAGGAAGAAGCUGCCGACGUCUUCUGCGUCACUUGCAAAAUCCCCGUAAGAGCUGUUGAGAACCUUGAUGCACACAAGGAGCACGAAGUGACCCCACUCAACCAAGCGCUGGAAAGCGCCAAGGAUGAAAUUCACAAAAACAUGUACAAACUGGAAAAGCAGAUUAUCGACAUGGAAAACUUCGCAAGUCAUUUGGAGGAGGUCUUCAUCACCGUGGAGGAGAAUUUCGGAAGACAAGAACAAAACUUUGAGUCGCACUACAACGAGAUCUUGGAAACACUCGCGCAAAAAUAUGAAGAAAAAAUACAAGCUCUGGGGCAGAAGAAGAAGGAGAAGCUGGAAGCCUUGUACGAGCAGCUGGUCAGCUGCGGGGAGAACCUUGACACCUGUAAGGAACUGAUGGAAACCAUCGAGGAGAUGUGCCACGAGGAGAAGGUGGAUUUCCUAAAGGACGCAGUGGCCAUGGCCGACAGACUCGGGCAGUUCCUGAAAACAAAAACAGAUGUGGAAAUCUCUGCACAGCCCGACUUUGAAGAGCAGACCUUGGACUUCUCGGACGUGGAAGAGCUGAUGGGCUCCAUUAACAGCAUUCCAGCUCCUUCCGCUCCAGUGAUCAAUCCCCAGGCCCCCAACUCGGCCACGGGCUCCUCGGUCCGCGUGUGCUGGAGCUUGUACUCCGAUGACACCGUGGAGAGCUACCAGCUGUCCUACAGGCCAGUAGGGGACGGCUCGCCCGGGAAGGACCAAGCAGAGUUUACAGUGACUGUCAAGGAAACAUACUGCUCAGUGAAGAACCUUAUGCCCAACACCCAGUAUGAAUUCUGGGUCACAGCUCAGAACAGGGCUGGCUCGAGCCCCUCCAGCGAGCGUGCUGUGUACAUGACAGCCCCUUCUCCCCCCAUCAUAAAAAGCAAAGAGAUACGGAGCUGCGAAGAGGCUGCGCUCAUCUGCUGGGAGUCCGGGAGCCUGAACCCCGUGGACUCGUACACAGUGGAGCUGACCCAGGCGGAGGCGCCGCAAGCCUGGGGCGUCACAGAGUCCAUCGUGGGCAUCCCUACCUGCGAGGCCCUGGUGCAGCUGCAACCCAGGCAGAACUACACGAUCUACGUGCGCGCCCUCAACGUCGGGGGCCCCAGCGCGAGGAGCGAGCCGGCUACGGUCCACACCACAGGAAGCUACUUCCACCUGAACAAGGACACCUGCCACCCCUGGCUGACCAUUUCUGAAGACGGUUUUACAGUCAUGCGAAGCGAAAGGAAAACCCCCAUGAGGGAGCCACUGGCCAGCAACACUCGGUUUACCAGGUGCGUUGCUGUCCUGGGAAACCUGAUUCCAGUCCGAGGACGCCACUACUGGGAGGUGGAGGUGGAUGAGUGCCUGGACUACACCAUCGGCGUGGCCUUUGAAGAGGUGCCUAGACACGAGGACCUGGGCGCCAACCGCCUCUCCUGGUGCCUGAGGCACACAUUCGCCUCAUCAAGGCACAAGUAUGAAUUUCUGCACAACAAGACAAGCCCAGAUACGAGAAUAACAGUUCCCCCGAGGAGGAUCGGCGUGCUGCUGGACUACGCAAACUCCAGGCUGUCGUUCUUCAACGUGGACAUUUCUCAGCACCUACACUCGUUCAGCUGUGAGCUUCACCGACUCGUGCAUCCUUGCUUCUCUCUGGAGAAGCCGGGGUGCCUGAAGAUCCGUAAUGGCAUCCCAAUGCCGAAGCACGUCACGUUCUACUAGCCCUCUGAAUCCAGCUCCCUGUCUGACCUCUGGGCCUGCUCCUCUCCAGCCCUCAUUCCUCAGCUGGCUGAACGUGCCAUUUGAGUGCCCUGUGCCCACCACACUUUGUAGCUCAUGCUGUCACCGGCAGCCUGGCAUGCCGGCGCUCAGUUUACCUGAGCUGGGGUCCAGUCCUGAGUGCUGCCCCCGGGUGACUCCAGGGUGCCCAUCAGCAGGCCCGGCUGUAGGAGGGCUCAGGCUAACUGAACUCAAACACCUUUCAAGCUAUCACACUGUGUCUGUUCGUGUACAUGCAAGGUCUUGGGGGAGGGGAAGCCCUAAUGGCUUAGUGAGCCAAGCACUUGGGCAGGCAACAGGCUGUCCACAGACAACAGGGACACCACGUGCCCUGCGCCUUUCCCUUGGCAGGACUUGGUGAGGUUCCUCCCAUGUGUUCUUAGUGAUGGCCUGUUCCUCUCCUUCAGAGUACGCACGACCCUACAUGCUGAAAUUACCUCUACAACGCCUUACUCCAUCUGGUGUCGCUCUUGUUCACCACGUAGUCCCCAGGGGCUGACGUAACGGGCACGCCCAGUACCUGGUGAGCACAUCUUCGCCAUCUGCCAGGGCUCUGCAGUCUCUUCUCGUCCUCCAGGUGAGGGACGGCAGGGCUCUUUCAGAGCGACAGGAAAGGGCUGUGCGCAGGGCAAGGAGGCAGCUGGAGGGCGGAGGCAGCUGCGGCUUGACGGCAAGACUUGGGACAACCGCACACUCCCUACUACAACCUACAGCCUACAUGUAAACGCGGUGACAGGUGGAGGUAAGAGAACUUAGCUGCAGCCGAUUCCAGGAACUGUCCUGCAGUGUAGACAAUACCUGGGUUUGAUUCCUACUUCGGAAGCUAUUUUGCCUUAUGACCUUGGAAGAGCCACCUCUUCUUCCAGAGCUUCUGUUUCCCCUUAAACCAGGAGAAAAAUACUACUUGUCUCACCAACUGGGAGGCUUACUGACAAACAAGACAGCGCCUAACAAUAUAAAGCGUAUGGCAAACAUGCAACAGUUCUUUAGUUCUUUAGGGGAAAGCACCAGUCCACCAAAGGGUGAAGCUGAACGGGGUGGCCUGCAGGCGCUGCCCAUGGCGUGCCGUCAGUUCCGUGCCUGGCUCCAUCAGCUACCUUCCUGCUUCUCCCGUCCAAGUUGCCAGCUGCCAUUUAAGCUCUGCACACACAGCAUUUUCAAAGCUUCUAAGUCAAGCUGCAAUUAUCAGACCAUCGGCAACAAGCCCCGUGGAUACCUCACUUACACACAGGCAUGCCCUCAUGUCACCAUUCAAGGUUUUAUGUUAACGAAACUUUCACCAGAGCAGUAAGGCCAAAAAUAAAUAAAGGACAUCCAAAUAGAAAAGCAGGAGGUCAAAUUAUCCCUGUUUGCAGAUGACAUAACUUUAAAUCUAGAAAAAACCUAAACACUGCACCAAAAACUGUUCAAACUGACAAAUGAAAUUAGCAACCUUGUAGACUAUAAAAUCAACAUGUAACAAUAAGUAAUAUUUUUAUACACCAAAAACUGCUGUAGAAGAAAUAAAAAGCAAGCAGUCCUAUUGACGACAGCUACCUCCCACCUGAAACACCAAGGACUACUUUAAUUAAGGAAGUGAAUGAUCUCGACAGUGAAAAUUACAAACACUGAUGAAAGAAACUGCAGACAACACCACAAAAUGGGAACUACUCCCAGAGCAAAGGCAGACAGACAAAUGGGAAAACGAAAAAGCUUCUGCCCAGCAUAGGAAACAAUCAACAGAGUGAAGAGACAACAGAAUGAGAAAAUACUGCAACCUACUCGUCCAACAAGGGAUUAAUUCACAGAAUAUAUAAUCAACAGAAAAAAAAUCCAAGUAAAAACAUGGGGGAAUGACCUGAACAGACAUUUCUCAAGAUAUACAAAAGGCCAAAAAGCAUGAUGAGAAAAGCUCAACAUCACUAACCACUGGGGAGAUGCAAAUCCAAACCACAAUGAGCUAACCCCUCAGGGCAGUCAGGACAGCUUUUAUAAAAUACUCGUAACUAACAGUGAGGACGCAGAGACCAGCAGUGUGUGCGAGUCCUCAGAAAACCAGAGACAGGAUUACCAUGUGACCCAUCAAUCCUGCUACUGAGCACACACCCAAAAGAAAUGAAAUCCGAAUGUCAGAGACAUCUGCACUCACGUCUGUUGCAGCGCUAUUCAUGUUAGCAGGAUACGGAAUUAACCUAGACAUCCAUCAAUGGGCGAAGGGAUAAAGAAACGGUCUAUUUAUUAUUACUCAGCCACUAACAAAGAGAGAAACUCUGUCAUCUGCAGCAACUCGGGUGAAACUGAAGGACAACGUAUCAGUAACACAAGCCAAGCACAGCAAAAUAUAUCACGUGUUAGUCACUUACACUGUCUCAAAGUAGAGAAUGUUAGUUAGAUGGCUUGGGGAAUGGGGAGGGAUACUGCAGGGCAGAGGGAGGGAUGGACAGAGGAUGUUAAGGACUGCAGGGGUGCAGGUGAGUGAACCAAAAAAACUCAGAUGUUCUACAGCACAGUAGGAUAACUGUGGUUAACAAGAACUAACUCAAAGACAGAAUUCUGAAUGUCCCUAACACAAAGAAAUGAGAACUGUCUGAAGGGAUGGGAAUGCCAGUGACCCUGAUCACUGUAUACGUGUACUGAAAUGCCACACUGUUCCCCGUAAACACGAACAAUCACUCUGCGUCAAUUAAAGAUGGAUAUUUAAAAACAAAAUUUUCUUGUUUUUCCAGCACACUCAAUCGGACACACCAAAACACCUCUCUUGACUCACCCUGACAACCUAGUAGAUCCCCCUCCCCACACACACAGGCCUGCCUGGCCAAGCUGGAUCACUUAACCUGAACUAUGAAGAGCGCAGCAGCUGUGAGCACAGAAAUGGGUCCAGUUUUAAACAACGAAGACAUACACGUGUGCAUACUCAAAAACGCUCUCAGCCAGUGCUGUGGCUCACUAGGCUAAUCCUCCACCUGCGGCGCCGGCACACCAGGUUCUAGUCCCGGUUGGGACACCAGAUUCUGUCCCGGUCAUUCCUCUUCCAGGCCAGCUCUCUGCUGUGGCCCGGGAGUACAGUGGAGGAUGGCCCAAGUCCUUGGGCCCUGUACCCAUGGGAGACCAGGAGAAGCACCUGGCUCCUGGCUUCAGAUCAGCGCGGUGCGCCAGCUGCAGCGGCCAUUGGGGGGUGAACCAACGGCAAAGGAAGACCUUUCUCUCUGUCUCUCUUACUGUCCACUCUGCCUGUCAGGAAAAAAAAAAAGUUCUCUGCUCCUGAAACAUAAACCACCAAGUAGGAAACAGGGUGUGACCGGUAAGGCAAGUUUUCAUUCAGGCUUCUAACUGGCUUUAUGGAGUACUUCACGUGUACUAUGAACACGAGUAAAUGGAUAAAAACUCCACAUUGAUAACAUUUAAUAACAAUUUUGACCAAAAAAAAAACUGUCCAAAUUGCCACUGACAUUAGACUAGGCAGAUAACAGCCUGAAGCAUCACAAUCGUUCAGUAUAAAGAACCUUUAUUUAAACAUCUUUCUCACCUUCUACAAAAAGAAAAACGAAGUCUAAAACCAAACCAAACCAAACUUUGUUUUUUGUUACAUAUUCCGAUUCUGUAAACUACCAUGCACGAUCUGCUGAAAUGAAAUUUCAACAAGGGGAAGGGUUUACCUCAUGGAGACCAUGUUCACCUGAAACCUGCCAAAAAAAGAAAAAAACAGAAAAAGAUUUUUUAAGAAUUAGAACUUUGCAGUCACAAACCCUGAUAGAAGGCAGUUAAAAAAAAAAAAAAAAAGGCAUCACAACCUGUUCUG